AUGGAGCCUCCUAUGAGACCUGCAAUAAUACCAAGGGCUCAGUCCUCUCAAGAUGAAGAUGCCGUAAAAGGCACAAACGACGAUGCAGCCAUCUCAAAACUGUCUGCCGUCAAUUCAGGAUAUAUGCAAGACGAAUUCGUCUCCUGCUUUGUAAAACGCUCACUGAAACGCGCUCCCAUCAUCAAUCGAGGCUCAUAUGUCAGAUAUACAGUUUUGAAUAAUCUUAUUCGUCAAUUCUUGUCGUUGCCUGUCGCCCAAGAGAAACAAAUCGUGUCGUUGGGGGCUGGGUCUGACACCAGAUACUUUUCACUCAAAAAGGAAGGAAUGCAGCCAAAGAAAUACUUUGAAAUCGACUUUAUGGAAAUCACGAGCAGAAAGACUGCUACAAUCAAAAAGAAGAAGGCCAUGACAGAUCUUAUAGGUGCACAUCAGCUAGCUGCUGGAGGAACUGAACUACAUUCGAACGACUAUUGCAUUAUAUAUGGCGAUCUACGUCACUUUGAAGACACGAUUGUGCCAAAACUUGUAGCUCAAGGGUUUGAUAAAUCGCUACCGACCCUCUUCAUAUCUGAAUGCGUCAUGAUCUACAUGCCACCAAAAGAUGCAGACAAGAUAAUACAAUGGAUUCCAGCACACAUGUCAACUGCUGCCUUUAUAACAUAUGAACAAAUACUACCAAAUGAUUCUUUUGGACGUACUAUGAUUGAGAACCUCAAGAUGAGGAAUAUCGAACUACCUGGAAUCUAUGCAUACCCAACACUGGAAUCUCAAAAGCAGAGAUACCUGUCUGCAGAAUGGCAUAGAGCCGAGUCCAUGGAUGUCAACCAGAUCUUUGACUCGUGUUUAUCGGAUGCUGAACAUGCAAGGAUAUCAAGACUCGAAAUAUUCGACGAAUUAGAAGAAUGGAAGCUCUUGUCUUCUCAUUAUUGUGUUUCAUGGGCAAUCAAGGCACCUGAUGGACCACGGUUUGAUGAUUUUGGACUCAAACCAGCAUCAAUACCUUCUUAA